ACCGACCGCGUCUCCGCACAGAAGAAUUGCAUUUCACUGACAUGGUGUCUGUAGAUGGCUCGAUGAUGGGUCAUUAUCUUGCCGUAUAAAGCUUCCUCCAUCUCAAACCGAAGCGUCCAGAUCGGCACAAGACAGCACCCAGGAGAUGGCCCCAUCCGCCUCGAUGGACGUCGCCCUCGAAACCACCUCUCCCAGCUCCCGGCGGAAGGGCAAGAUUGCUGAAGCUCUUCAAUCGAUGUCCAACAGUAUGGAACCACUCGAUUUACCUACUGAUCCAGAGAGCCAUGCCGUCGUGACUGAUUUCCUCGACUUCACUGAAUACCUCCCUUCCGAUUUGUGCCGCUCAUUGACUCUCAUCGGCAACCUCGACCAAACAUACUGUGACGCCUCCUCCAAGGUCAACGAGCUCACCCGGAUAUACGGCGAGCUUCCGAACCGUCCUACAGAUGGAAAGCCGGAGCAGCUCCGCGCAGAGAUCUCCGAGAAUCUGGCGCAAGCAUUCAGUUCCCGCACACUCUCGUUGGCAGAGGCGAAUCGCAUGGCUGAGAACGUGGACCGCCAUUACAAUCGAGCGAAGACGAUUCUGCUCAAGCUCCAAGAAUCGCUUGCGAACUUCCCACCCUCUCGACAGCCAAGUCCAGUUCCCCAGAAAGCGAAGGCCCCGAAAAUCACUCUGACCUUGGGAGGUAGUGCAUCAGCAGAACACCAACCACGGCCACGCCAACCUCGAGCUCCUCGCAUUACCGUCCCAGGUGAGGUUCUUGCUCCAUAUGAGGUUGAUUAUUAUUCGUUUGGCUCUGAUAGCGAGGAUUAUGACUCCUAUGACGAGCCUCUCACUCCACGGGAUGGAACACCAGGUCGGUCGCUUGGUUCUGGCAAGAUCAGGUUGAAGCUAUCGAAGAAGAAGGACAAGGGUCCUAAGCCACCCCGCGGUCCUCGACCACCUGGGGUCAUGGGCACAAAUGUUCAUAGCGCAGUCGCUGGUAUAUCAACAAGCAAUGCUCUAGCGAAGCUCAAGCCACCGCCAGCUGAUGCUGUGAAAGGGGACGAGCAUCUUCCCUGGUUGCAAUUGAAUGCAUGGGAGCUAGCACAUCUUAGGAAGAGGAUGAAGAAGAAUGCAAUUUGGAGCCCAAGUGAUACCAUGAUUGCACGCGAGCUGAAGAUGCUCGGUCGUGGCAUUGAAGCAUAUCGAGCAGCAAAGGCUAAAGCUGAAGCUGCAGGAGAACCAUUCGAUCAACCACAACCACCGCAACUUAGGGGCGAGACAGUUCAUGCCGAGGGAGCCAUCAGUGUCGAGGCCUUACGUCUAGAGGAACCUCAACUCAGCAAUCGCGGCAUGAAGUUGAAUGAAGCCAAGAAAUUGAAGAAGGAGAACCAAGCAAAAGAGCUUGCCAAGCAGGCCGCUGAAGAAGCUGAGGAGUCUGCUCGGAAGAUGGCUGCAGCAGCUCACGCAAUGAGAGGUCUCUUCGGCAAGCCUCCGAACAUGGACGACAAGAAAGCAUUUGCCAAGACACCAAGCAAAGCUCCAGCCAAGAAACGCAAACGAGAGUCCCCCGCCCCUGAAGGUGAAGCUGAGAAGCCUGCUGAAGGAGAGGCAUCACCUGUGAAGCCAACGAAGCCACCGUUCAAGAGAAGCAAAACAGAGACACCAGUACCUGCACCACUACCAAUUUCAACAAAGCAAGCAUCUCCAUUAACCCAGGCCGAAUCUGCUCCAUCGAUUGCCUCGGAGACAGUCGUGACUCCCCUUGACGGACCCUCUGAUCUGCUUGCUGUUCCCGCUCCUCUUCCGUCUCCAAAGAAGUCUUCAACUCCAAUCUUACCACCUACUAAAGAAUCGAGAAAGCCUGCAAGGAAGGAUGUUAAGAAGCCAGUUGUCGAAACUGCGACUAAUACCCGGCCUCGGCGGACCUCUGCUGCUGCCACUCCAGCUCCUGUGGAGGAACCACUUCCGCUCAAACGACCGACUUCUUCUCGUAGCAAAGCAGCUAGCCUUGAGCCAGCCGGCCCCACAGCAACAGCCACAAUCGACCGACCCCGCCGUGCCAGUACUGCUCGCAACACUCCAGCCCCUGAACCUCGCCAACCAAGCAAGCGUACAAAACGCCCGGCGCCUGGAGUCGUUACCGCAGGCUCUGAAGGCUCUGCUGCAGUCAGUGUCGGUAAGCGAAGCGCUGCAACGCGUAAGAAGGCCGGCACAAAGAAGGAAAAGAAAGACGGCCGUGAAGGAAGCGCAGCUCAAGAGAUCUAUGAUGAGGUUGAUGACGAGGGUAACAUCAUUGACCCUGAUGAGCCUCGAUACUGCUUGUGUAAUCGCGUAAGCUUUGGCACAAUGAUUGGCUGCGAGAACAACGAUUGUGAGAAAGAAUGGUUUCACCUUGAGUGUGUUGGCCUGGAAGAGAUCCCGCCUAGAACAACGAAAUGGUACUGCCCUGACUGCAGAGUCACGCUCGGCAUCGGCGAGAAGGGAGAGGUCAAUGCCAGAGGCAAGAAGAAAUAAAUGCUCUCUUUGUUAUUGGAGUUUUGGCAUUGGAGUUAUGGGGCAUGGACCUAUGGCUGGAACUGGAGCUUAUCGCAUCUUCUGGUGCUGGGGUAUGGGCAUGGAUGAGCAAUCGAAUUGUAUGAGUAUGUUUUUGGUAACUGUUACUACUUUUGUAUCUUGACCACCAGCAUCACCCAAGGGACUAGCAUAGCAUACAGAGAGAAUCACGCCUGAGGGCUUUGCGAAUUGAGAAUAUCUUUUCAAAGUUUUUAUCCUCUAUCUUCUACCUUUAUAUAUAUACUUGCCUUUGAUUAGUUGGUUGAUUUGCUUCACUUGAGGUCUUUGAUACGAUCGUCUCAAGGUUCUCAUGCUCUAUGAGCUUACAAGCUUCCUGGAAUCUUCACCGAAUGCUUCCACCACGUGGUCUGCAUGAGGCUGGUAGGAAUAUUGAGAAGAUACUAUCGAAUCAAAAGUAAAUCAUGGCACUAAGCCAUGUCAAAAAACCACCACGUGCUGGG